AUGGCGGCCUACGACCCUCGUGUAAACACCGGAACCACCACUCCUCAAAAUCUUCCUCCCCCUCCUCCCCCACCACCCGAGUCCACAUUAUCAGAGAUGACUUCCACCACUGAAGCCGUGGACACGGCCACGGCCGUCGCCACUGGAGACAACCCCGACACACCCGCCGACUCAUGGAAGCUAAAGUUCUGCACGGUCUGUGCAUCCAACAACAACCGCUCCAUGGAAGCGCAUCUCCGCCUGUCCACCGCACCAACCGCGUUUCCCGUGAUCUCCUUCGGCACGGGCUCGCUGGUCCGUCUGCCCGGUCCAUCCAUCACGCAGCCAAACGUGUACAGCUUCAACACGACCUCCUACAACCAGAUGUACGAGGAACUGGAAGAAAAAGAUCCCCGACUGUACCGCAACAACGGCAUCCUGAACAUGCUGGACCGCAACCGCAAUUUGAAAUGGGGUCCUGAGCGGUUCCAGGAUUGGGUGCCUGGUUUGCCUCGUCUCGAUCACAUCUCCAAGGGUGAUAAGGGUGCGUUGGGGACUGAGGGUGGUGUCGUCGAUGUGAUUAUCACUUGUGAAGAGCGCUGUUGGGAUGCUGUCGUGGACGACCUGAUGAAUAAGGGCAACACGCUCAAUCGCCCCGUUCAUGUGUUCAAUGUCGAUAUCAAGGAUAACCACGAGGAAGCGCUGGUCGGUGGAAACGCGAUUCUGGAUCUGGCGAAUCGUCUGAAUGAGUCUGCCAUGAAGCAGCGGAAGGUGCAUGGGGCUGCGGGAUGGGAGAAUGGGAGUGGUGCCGCGCGCUUGAGCUUUGAUGAGAGUGUUCCGGAGAUUCUGGCGGAGUGGCAAGAGAAACAUCCUAAUCUGCCGGCGUUGUGGACUCUGGCUUGGUUGUAG